CCUUCACUUGGCCAAUUGUUACGGGCCUAUAGAUUUUAGGAACAUGGAGAACGUGGAUCAAAGCGAAGAAGGGUAUGAUGCUAUAGUGGUGGGGUCUGGAUAUGGAGGAUCGGUUGCUGCUUGUCGGAUGUCAAUGGCUGGUGUAAAGGUGUGUUUGGUUGAGAAAGGGCGGAGAUGGGAAUCCAAGGAUUUUCCCACUGACAGUUUGAAAAUUCUUUCGGCUGUCAGAGUUGAGAACCAGAAUUUGGGGGUUAGCUUUGGUCCUAAAGAUGCUUUGUUCCAGUUAUAUGAACAAGAUGACUCUCUGGCAGCAGUGGCCUGCGGGCUAGGCGGAGGCUCACUGGUGAAUGCAGGAGUUAUGAUACCAACUCCGCUCCGGGCGCGGCGGAACCCUAAAUGGCCAAGAGAAUGGGAGAGAGACUGGGAGAGUUGUGAGGCUUCUGCUUCAGCCAUGCUGAGAGUUCAAAGUGUUCCCACCAAAUUUCCCAAUGCCAAAGUGAUGGAACAAAUAGUAGGAGAAGAGUUUGAGGAAACUAGUCAUGGGCCAGUGAAGCUCAGUGUCACUUUUGAUAUAGAAGACAAGCCAAACAGGUCACUAGAGAAUCAAGGAAUGGGCAGUUGCUUGGCCUGUGGAAAUUGUCUUGCUGGAUGUCCUUACAAUGCCAAAAACUCCACUGACAAAACUUACUUGGUAUCUGCAGUCCAGGCAGGAUGUACUAUCAAAACAGGAUGCCAAGUACACUUUGUGACAGAAAAUCCAGAUUACAUUUCAAAACAAGAAGGAAAAAAUGAAAGAAAAAGGCCGCGAUGGCGUGUCUUUCUCAAUGAGAUUGACUAUUUGACAUCUGAUUUUGUCAUCCUCUCAGCCGGAGUGUUCGGUACUGCUCAAAUACUAUUCCAGUCCCAAUUGAGGGGAUUGAAACUCUCAGAGACACUUGGUUCAGGGUUUAGUUGUAAUGGAAAUGCUGUUGCUUAUGUUGCUGGAAGUCCUGCUCCUUUGAAUGCUUAUGGAUUAGGCACAAGUAAUUUCUCAGAAAUACCCUUCCAAGAAAGGCCUGGACCCUCCAUUUCUUCAUCAUACACCUCUUCAAUGGGAUUCACAAUUCAGAGUGCAGUUCUCCCAACAGCAUAUCCUGACCUGCUAUUUAAAGGCAUAGUGACUUACAGAUGGCCAUACAGCUUCUGGUUCUUACACGGUGUCAUAGACAAGCUGAAGCACAUCUUAGGACUUAAAGCAUGUAAUGCAAUGAUCCUCAAUGCAAUGGGGUAUGAUCAGAGUGAUGGAAAGAUAACAUUUGACAAGGACACAAAUAAGAUCUGUUUUAGCCCUCCUCACGAUCGUCUACUGUCAAGAAAGAUCGAAUCCUUUCAAAAGUUGACCAAAAAAGUAGGAGGGAUUCUGUUCGUCUCAAGGUAUAGGAGCACAUCAGUUCAUCUUUUAGGCGGCUGCAAUGCUUCUUCUGAUUCUUCAUCUGGGGUUUGCAACCCCAACGGUCAAGUGUUCGACAGAAGGUCUCCUACUUCCUCAGUUCUUCCGGGGCUCUACGUUUGUGAUGCCUCAUUACUACCUUGCUCUGUUGGCGUAAAUCCUUGUUUGACAAUCGCAACCCUUUCUGAGCACGUUAGUAGGCACCUUGUGCAGGAUAUUCUAAAGUACAAGAGCAAAGAAAGUACUAUUUUUGGUGAAUAUUUUGGUGGUCAAAAGCCUGGUUCCAUAACUAGCGUGAAUUUGGAAUGGAGCUUGGAUCCAACUGUUGUAUUUAAAGAAACCAUGAGAGGUUAUGUUGGGGGUAUGCCUUGUUCAGCUUAUCUCAAAUUGCAGAUGAGUUCAAAUACUAGGACUUGGACAGAAGUGGAUCAAAAGAGUUCAAUUUUGGGAGUGUCUUACCCUCUACUUAGGGGUAAGGUUGGCGGGUAUGUCGUAUUCAAAGCUUUGGAAGUCGGUGAGUUACAUAUCAUCGAUGGUGAAGCCGAUUUGUGUGCAGUAGAUGAAAGAACUCCAUACACUCAAUAUAUGCGCUAUCGCCUCCUCCUUGCUGCUUCUUCUGGUUCAAGAUAUGUUCUUGAAGGGAAGAAGGUGAUGAAUCCUUAUCUCUUUGGAUUAUACGCGUGGAGAGAGACAACAACGAUGCACGUGACAGUCAAUAAAGUGGUCAUGAACAAUGCGAAGGAAGGAGUGAAGUUGAAAGGGAAGCUUUGUAUUUCGAUGACAGAGCUCCUCAAGUGCUUAAUAAGCCUAAAAGGGAACGCGAGGGGAAGCUUCGUGUCUCUCUUGUUACUGACUUUCUUCAGAACCUACAUCUCACAAGUUCCGCGAGGAAGUCACAAGGAAUUCAAUCCUUUGAAACUCCAUCAGAAACCUUAUCCAAACAGUACUCUCCAUGAGAUUCAAACAGAGGAUGGGUUUACCAUCAGUUGCCAACAGUGGAAAUGCAAUGAGAACACUUUGAGGGUUGAAGAAGGAGAGAAUAAAUUAAGUCCAGUUCUUCUUAUUAAUGGUUAUGCAACUGAGAGUUAUUGGCUACCAACAGAAUCAAAUGAUUUGGUUAGAACUCUACUAGAUGAGGGGCAUGAGACAUGGGUACUCCAACCAAGAUUGCACCCUUUGAAUUCUUCAAACAACUUCACCAUUGAGGAUAUUGCAAGAUUCGACAUACCAUCUGUGAUCAACACAAUCCGGUAUUUGCACGGGCCAAUGGUAAAAAUACAUGUGGUUGCACAUUGUGUUGGGGGCCUAGCCAUUCAUAUGGCUCUUAUGGGAGGCCAUGUCUCUGCAGCCCAUAUAGCCUCUUUGUGUUGCACAAACUCGUCAAUGUUCUUCAAGCUCAAUGCUUCAUCCAGAUUCAAAAUGUGGCUUCCCCUCAUCCCAAUGUCAAUGGUCAUACUAGGAAAGAACACGAUCCUCCCUCUAUUCGAAACAUCAAAUGCCACUCCACGCCAACGCCUCUUGAAAUCCAUAGCCCGUUUGGUGCCACGCUACGAGAGAUGCACCUGCGACGAAUGUGAGGUCGUCUCUGGCAUAUUUGGCAACGCUUUUUGGCACGGCAACAUAAGCCCCACCCUCCACUAUUGGUUAAACAAACAGAACUUGCCACAUCUUCCUAUGGGAGCAUUUCCCCACCUCAGAAAGAUAUGCAACACUGGUUACGUAGUGGACCCCAAUGGCGAAAACGCGUACCUGAUACACCCAGAGAGAAUGGCACUCCCAACACUUUAUUUAUCCGGUGGAAGGACUCUUCUUGUCACUCCUCACACUUCUUUUCUUGCGAAUAACUACAUGAAGAUGCACCAACCUGGUUUUAUUAGGCAUGAGAGGGUGGUUGUGGAGGGUUUCGGUCAUUCGGAUUUGUUAAUUGGGGAAGAGUCCUCUACGAAGGUUUUUCCUCACAUUUUAGCCCAUAUUAGAUUAGCUGAAGAAGACAAAAAGAGUGUGACGGGUGGUGAGAGGACAAAGUACAAUCAAGAGGCCUUGGCAUGGGGUGAUGAUCCAUUUGUUGAUGGAAAUGGAGGAAUUUUGAGUUAUUUUACUCCAUUUACCAUCUGGCUCCUCUUGUUAUUGUUAUUAGUCAUUGUAGUUUGUGUUCAGUGGUAGAAUCUUGUUUGGUUGCGAGAAUAGAUAGAAAAGAAAAGGAAUCAGGGAGAUGAACUAAAUAGGCUUAGCUUGCUGAAACCAUGUAAGAAAAGGAUAUAAAUUCCACAUUUUUGCAUUUUUCUAUUUCCUCAAGAGUUCAAUGGAGCAAAAGUGGGUGAGAAAGGAAAGUAUUCACA